AUGGCUGGAACAACCAGGUACCAGAAGGAACUGGGCCUUCCAUCCGUAUCAUGGCGUGGGAAGAAUGCGGCGUGGCCCUUGCAUCAAGGGUUCCACAACGCGGGAGCCAAGUCGAUGUCAAAGUGUGCGAAUCCUGCGUGCAAGACAAUGUCUUAUCCCUAUAGCUCGUUUCCUGAUGGUGUUGAGAAAUACAAGCGGGCUCACAAGACACCAGACGAUCCUUUGAGCCGCCGAUAUUUGUGCGGCGUUUUGAUGGAGAACUUCCAGGUCCAACAAGCGAUCUGCAGAGAUGAGACUGGUGUCCAAGGACGAUUCCAGCAGAAUCAUGGUCCUCUUGGAAUAGCAUCUGGUUCGGAGGUCUGGUCGACCACUGCUCCUCCGGGAUAUUCGCCACGCCGAUAUUACUGCCAUCCGGUAGCGCCCAAUGUCACUGCUGGCGACUACCUCUUGCAGGCGUGCUGGCCAGAGAUUUAUCCUUCAUUUGAUGAGACAUUUGACUCAAAUCCUGACGGCGCCGUGAUGAUUAUUGACGAAGCUCAGACGUCAUAUAAGUGCUCUUUGUUUUGGAACAACGUGGUCAAGAAGCAAAGGUCUCAGGAAGGCAUAUCAGAGGCAAAGAUUUGCGCAUUCUGCUCUUAUGGAAGCCCUGCCGCAGGUGUCGAUACCAAAGAUAUCAACCAUGGCCCUAUCUGGAUCAGACGCCUGGUCGAGGCUCCUCGCAAGAAUGUGAGAGCUCUUGUAACGCGACAAGGGCGGCAUUUUCAGCCACCCAGAACGAACUCCGUUGGUCUCCAGGCUUGGAAUAUACACCUAGCUCCACGCUACACCAAGCUGCCAGACAUCCUGGUAGAAGCUGGAUUCGAAUCUCGGACCGAUAAGUAUCUCGAUGACGGCAAUAGCAACCCAUACGCUCUGAUCGAGGUUAAACCGAUCGUUAGGCCAUUCAUGGAUGAAAGUCAGAUUCAGAUACAAGAGAGUGCUCAGAUGGCUGGCUUGAUCAUAAACGACAUUGACGCUCCAGCAGAAAUAAUUACCACCAAUCCAACCACACAAACGGAAAGGGCUCUUUGGUGGAUGGAUGGCUUUACUCGGAAUGGGGAACCCCGGCGAGGAGGCCGAGGAGAAGGCCGCCACAAAUGCGACAGGAUUGACUUUGUCGCAGAGCUUUCCCCUUGGGCGAAUUUCGAGCAAGACAUCCCGAAGUGA